AUGACGACCACUCGACUUCCCUCAACUACCCAUGUAUCCAAGCCAACGCCCUUGGCCAAGACCCUCACAGUUACCCCACCUGUCACUCCAAAUGGAACGAGCGCAGCAGCACACCAGCUAGUAGCUGAGAUAAGAGAUAUUCACUCCAGGCUCAGUGAGCUGUCGUCAUUAGCGCCCUCACACUCAGUCAACACCCUCUUGACACGUCUGGUGAAUCUAUGUGUGGUGCCUUAUAGCACCGAAUUCACCACCUACUUCUUCAACAUAGCGGGUGUAGAGCAGCUCUGUGACAAGUUACGUCCAAUAUGUUCCGAGGCCGAGGGGGAGCUAGAAAAGUUCCACGCAGAGCGAAUGUUAAGAGAACUGGACACUAGCCAAGAAGCGGCCUCGACUGCCAUCCUCCAAUCAUUCCCUUACUACGACAACUACGUUGACCUCUCCCGCCUGGAAGCCUCCCUCAUCAACGCCUUCGCCUCCUCCCCACCAACCUCCAUUGCCUUCAUCGGCUCAGGCCCUCUACCUCUGACAUCCCUAUGCUUUCUAUCCCAAUAUCCCACCGCACACAUUCACAACAUCGACCGUGACGACACUGCCCUACGUCUCAGCGCCGCUCUAUGCACUAAACUUGGGUUCUCGAAACGCAUGAGUUUUACGAACGAAGAUAUCACACAGGAAGAUCCUGGGGCCGAGGUUUCAUGGACGAAGUCACAAGUUGUGUUCUUGGCUGCGCUCGUGGGAACUGAUACGCGAUCUAAGUUGGAGAUUCUGAGGGAUUUGGCUGCGAGGUUACAGCCGGGAUGUUUGGUUGUGGCGAGGAGCGCGAGGGGGAUGAGGAGUGUGCUUUAUCCCAUCCUACAACUCUCAGAGGACUUGCAAGCGAUUGGACUGGAAAUGCUGGCUGAGCUGCACCCGUGGACGAAUGUUGUAAAUUCUGCUAUUAUACUUCGUGUAAGGGAGAGGUAA